CAUGUUCAUCCCUAGGCGCUCACGUGAUGGGCCGGCCCCUUCUCCUGAAUCCUACCCUCUGGUCGCGUAUUUGGCCCUGCUCCGUUUGUUCCUUUCCUCGACAUUCAAACAACUUUGCAGCUCGAGACCUUUUCCCUUACUUUCGUUAUUUGCGUUUUCCGACGCUGUUUCUUCUUUACACGGCACGCUCUUUUCUUUGGCCGCUUGCAAAACAAGCUUCUUCCUUCGCUCUCUCUGAAUUGUUCAUUCCCUACCUACCUCGUAUCACCAAUCAACGAACAGCCUCGACGGCACCGUUAGCAAGCACCGAAUUCAACAAUCCACGACACGAGCUGCACCGCAGCCGCCACCGCCAUGCGUUUCACAUCUGCUCUCGUUGCGGGCGCCCUCGCCGUUGGCGCCUCGGCCGAAAAGAACUACCUCGGCUUCAACUCGGGUGCCACCAAGGCCGACCGCUCCGCCAAGUUCAAGGCCGACUUCGAGGCCGAGUUCAAGACUGCCCAGGGCCUUGAAGGUGCCCCCGGCACUUUCAACUCCGUCCGCCUUUACACCAACAUCCAGGCUUACUCCCAGGAUUCUCCCAUCGAGGCCUUCGAGGCCGCCGUCGAGACCAAGACCUCGAUGCUCCUGGGCGUCUGGGCUUCGGGCACGGACAAUAUUGACAAGGAGAUCAGCGCCCUGAAGAAGGCCGUCUCCAAGUACGGCAAGGAGUUCACAGACCUCGUCAUCGGUAUCUCCAUCGGUAGCGAGGACCUGUACCGCAACUCCGCCACCGGUGUCAAGAACAAGGCCGGUGUUGGCGCCCAACCCGAGACCCUCGUCAGCUUCAUCAAGGACUUCAAGAAGGCCUUUGCCGACAACCCCCUUGGCAAGGUCCCUGUCGGACACGUCGAUACUUGGGAUGUCUGGGGCAACAGCACCAAUAAGGUCGUCCUCGACGCCGUUGACUGGAUCGGUGUCGACGAGUACCCCUACUACGAGAACGACAAGGGCAACGACAUCAAGAACGCCGGCCACCUCUUUGACAAGGCCUACGAUGCCACCAUCGCUGCUGCUGGUGGCAAGCCCGUCUGGGUGACCGAGACCGGCUGGCCCUACACGGGCAAGAAGUGGGAUCAGGCCGUCGCCAGCGUCGAGAACGCCAAGUACUACUGGGACGAGGUUGGCUGCCGCAAGCUCUUCAACAAGACCCCUACCUUCUGGUACACUCUGCGUGACUCCAAUCCCGACAACACCAUGAAGUUUGCCAUCACCGACAACUUGUCCACCAAGCCCAGGUUCAACCUGACUUGCCCCACCACCUUUGACACCAAGCCCGAGAGCUCGACCAUCUCAUCGCGCACCGCCACCGCUUCGGGCACUUCGGGCACGUCGGGCUCCGGCACCGCCACUAUCAUCCCUACUGCCUCGUCCACGUCCGGGUCUGGCUCUGGCGGCUCCAACGGUUCUGGCAACGGUUCUGGCAACGGCGGCGGCAACGGCGGCGGCAGCGGCAACGGCAACGGCUCUGGCGGCUCAAACGGCGCUUCAGGCACCACUGGCGGCCCUGCCAGCUCCACCCCCACGGGCGGCGCGACCUCUCACAAGGUCUCUGGCGCUGCCUUUGCCGGCGUUGUAGUCAUGGCUGGUGCUCUUGCCGUGCUCUAAGCAAGCCGAGCGUGCCAAGCUGCAUCAAUUGCUUCCUGUUCUUUGUCUCUUGCAGAGUGUCAAUAUAUUAGACGGGUAUAAAUGGAAGGAUGUCGCUACUUUUCGUCUGUAUUGCGCCGGUGUCAUUUAUUUCCAUUUCCAUUGGGCACGUCAGCGAAUACGGACUGGCUCGCCGGGUUGAGGGUGAUCACAUAGAUCAAGCUAUAAUGCAUACUCUUUGUCCUUU